UUAAUAAUUUGUUCUUGUUGGGUUGUGAUCAGUUCUGUUAUUCUUAUCUGUUGCGAAAAGCCGUUCGAUUGUGUUGACAGAAAAUGAGGUACACCCAAUCACUAGUUUUUAUAAUGGGGGUUGUGUUGCUGGCCAGUGGUUGUUUGGCGAAACCAAGCUCUCGCAUUACCGUCAUGGAAAAUGAAAAAGUGCUGGAUUCUGAUAACCAGUUCAUUCUACGUUGGACAGUACUUGAAGGUACAGGUGAUAUUGAAAUAGAAAUGCAAGUGAAUUGCACUGGAUGGUUGGGGAUCAGUUUUGCUGAAGGUCAGAUUGGUCAGCCCGGCUCAUACAGCGAUGUUAUCAUGGGUGGAUUCAACGACGAACUUCAGAUUGGUUACAUCGAGGACAGGCACAUUUAUCUAGAAAAUCCUGAUCCAGCUAAUGGACAUCUUUUUGAUGAUAGCAAUGAUAUUUUACUGAUAAGUGCUACCUAUGAGGAGCCAUGGAGUAUUGUUCGCUUUGCAAGAAGUCUCAACACUGGGGAUCCCCAAGAUAUUGCUAUUGUGCCUGGACCAAUGACAGUUGGCUGGACCUAUUCUUCCACAGAUGAUACGUCUCUUGGUCAUGACGUAGCUGGCUUCAGCCGAGUUACCUUCAUUUCUGUUUAGCAGGUGGACAAAUUUCUACAGGAAUCCAUGGGGAUUUGCUUAAAUUUUCUUAGCCUAAAUAUAAAAUAUACGUAUUUGGAAAUCAUCUUUUACCCAGUAUAUAUAGAAUGCUGAUUUCAAAAUUCAUAAAUAUUUCGAAAAAAUGUGUAUGAAUUUAUAAAACUGUUUCAAAUAGUCUCAGUCGCUUAAAGAGUAUUGCACUUGUACAGUUGUACCUUUCUUUUCUGUAACAGUGUUUUCCAGAUGUAUAUUGUCCGUUUCGGCACUCUGGCAUUGUUGUAAAUGUGACAGUUUAUUAUUCAUAUUAGCCCCGGAAGCUAAAGCAUAGAAUUAGUCAUAAGUUCGUUUUUCGUUCGCGGUUUUUUGGCUUAUGCUCCACAACUUGCAAAAGUAUUUAAAUUUACUAAAAAAAUUUUAUUUCAUUUACUUAUGUUCCAUCCCAAAUACAAAUAGCUUCUCUGGUAAUCUACAACUAACAGCAUAUUGACAAGUUUGAUAACCGAAUUUCUUUUAUUGUUGCUAUUGAAUUCCUUGAUGAAGAUGGUAAAAUUUCUUCUGCCAGUUGCCGGAAUUAGUAAAUUUGUGGACACUUAUCAUACGUGUGAAGUCAGAAACUUUACGUUAAAUUACAUUGACAGUUGCAGCCGAAAACACAUCUGUAUUUCACCCACAAAUGAAUGAAAAUUUGGCCAGGAUUUAUUACUGAGAGGAAAGCGUAAUACAGUAUUUUAUUAUCA